CAAGAUGUGGGAUGAUGAGGCACCUGCGUGGGAAUUCGAAGAAACUCCAGCAGAACAGCCUGCAGAAGGUGCAGAAGGUGCAGAGGGUGCUCCAGCAGAGGGUGAAGCUGCUGAAAAACCAAAAAUCAAACUCUUAAAGCUCGAACCUCCGAAGUACAAUCAUCACUGGGUGCGCCCAUUGUUUCUAAAUUAUGACUAUCUUUAUGAUUACAGGCAAAAUUAUUACAACGAUGUAAUUGACUACCUCAAUCAAAGAGCAAGAGGUUUGUUCCGUGAACCUCCAAGAGCACAGGAAUGGGCUGAAAGGGCUUUGAGGAUGUACGAUGCAAAGAAUAUCGAUAGGAGUUUCAAGAGAUCAGCUGAUAUGAAGUACAUUACUAAAAUGGAUCUAACCCCACGACAUUACAGUUAUCAUACGCGAGCAUAUUAUAGUUUGAAGUAUCAGAAAAUUCUUUGAGAUAUUAUUUUUCAUAAAGAAAGAUCGAUGAUUAACAAUUUUACACAAUUGUUCUUCGUCGAUGCUGUUAUUAUCGAUAAAACUAUUGGUAAGCUGUUAAUCCUUCUUUAUAUAUAUAUA